UAAAACUGGACCCUGGAGAUCUUUCCUCAGUGCUGUGACAGCUUGGAGGCAGCCUCCUCCUCCUCCUCCUCCUCCUGCUGCAGUAGAAAUGCUGGUGGCCCCGUGGAGCUGCAGUGAGGAGCUCUGGGCUUGGCCAGCAGCUCAACCCGAGCUGGGCACGGCCUCGCUGGUGCCGAUGGAGUAAACCAGUGGGCAGAGCAGGGGAAAGGGGGGGGGGCCAAACCAAGGAGCUGCCUUCCCCGGGCAACUCCCCCCACCCCAAAAAAAAACCCCAACAAACCCCAACCCCUCCAGCUCCUCCUCCCUCUGCCAUGAAUGAUGCGUCGACCAUGGACUACGAGCUGCUCUCCCCUGCCUUGGCGGAGCAGCCGGGGGGCUCGGCGGGGAUGGACGCCGAGCAGAAAACUGUCUUUGCCUUCGUCAUCUUCCUCCUGGUCUUCUUGGUGAUGCUGAUGGUCCGUUGCUUCCGCAUCCUGCUGGACCCCUACAGCCGCAUGCCCGCCUCCUCCUGGACCGACCACAAGGAGGGCUUGGAGAGGGGCCAGUUCGACUACGCCCUGGUCUAGCGGGCCCAGACCCUGGGGAGGGGGUCGUCGAGCCCCCCCCUUCCACCUCCAGACCCACUCCCCACCCUUCCUAACCCCCCACCCUGCUCCCUUCC